UGCGGACACAACAAAAAUAUUCUUCCAGAUAAGAUGUUAACCGAGGCCGUCAUAUUUCUAUUAAUAUUCUUUAUCUCCAUUUUAUAUAUAAUAUGGCAGAAACAAAAUUUUAAUUAUUGGAAACGCCACAAUAUUCCGUAUAUUAAACCUAUAGCAUUUCUUGGAAAUCUUAAGGAGUUUCUAAUGUUUAAGCAAUCAUUUUCACAGCAAAUGUGGACAUUAUACAAGACGAAAGGAUUUGAAGAUGAACCAAUGGCAGGGAUUUAUUCAUUACAUACACCAACUUUACUGAUAAGAGAUAUAGAUCUCAUAAAACGUAUUUUAAUAAAAGAUUUUAAUAGCUUUUCGAAUCGUGUUAUUAAAGCCGAUGAAGAGCGUGAUCCGUUGGGAAAAAAUAAUUUGUUUUUUGUACGUAAUCCGGGUUGGAGAGAUCUGCGUCCGAAAAUAUCACCAGUAUUUACAAGCGGAAAGGUUAAACAGAUGUAUCCAUUAAUGUUAGAGAUUGGUGAUGAACUACAGCAAAAACUGGAUACUUUACCUAACGAAGCCAUUAUCGAUGUUAAGGAAAUUUGCGUACGUUUCACUACCGACCUUAUAGGUACCAUAGCAUUUGGUAUUAAUGCUAAUAGCCUGAAAUAUGACAGCGAAUUCUAUAUACAUAGCCGUGAAAUAUUCGAAGUAAGUCCAAGACGUGCCUUUGAAAUAGCAUCUCUGUUGUUAGCACCCAGCCUUACCAUUCUACUGCGCAUCAAAGCGUUUUCGAAGAAUACAACAAAAUUUCUACGUAGCAGCAUAAAGCACGUAAUCGCAGAACGAGAAAAAUCUGGUGCCAUUCGUAAUGAUCUCAUCGAUACUUUAAUUGCAAUGAAACAAGAAGCCAAUUCACAACCUCACAUCGAUAAUCCUGCAAAAGAUUUAGAUUAUUUAGUAGCGCAAGCUGCAAUCUUUCAAACUGCGGGCUCAGAAACAUCAUCGUUCAGUAUGGCGUUUGCACUGUAUGAGCUAGCAUUACAACCAGAGCUGCAAGAUCGCUUGCGUACCGAAAUUAAGGAAGCUUUUGAAAGAGGAGAUGGUCAUAUAUCAUAUGAAUUGAUUCACGAGUUAACAUAUUUAGCACAAGUAAUUGAUGAAACAUUGCGUAAAUAUCCUGUGCUUGGAUUUUUAGAACGUGAGUGUACUGCCGCUGAAUCUGGUUACUCGUUGCAACCUUUCAAUGAAUUCGCCGUUCCAGCGGGAAUGCCAGUUUAUAUAUCAGCAUUAGGUGUUCAUCGUGAUGAAAAGUACUGGCCUGAUCCCGAUAAAUUUGAUCCAGAACGUUUUUCACCAGCUCAACGGGAUAAGAUAAAUUGGGAUGCUUAUAUGCCUUUUGGGGCUGGACCACAUAAUUGUCUUGGUAUGCGAAUAGCUUUGUUGCAAGCUAAAUUGGGUUUAAUAUGCUUACUGAAGAAACAUCGAGUUGUUGUAUCUGAACGUACUGCUAUACCUAUUCAAUUUGAUCCAAAGUCCUUUUUACUGAGCAGUAAAGAUGGCAUGUUCUUGAAACUGGAAAAAGUUACAGAUUAAUUUAAGAAUUUCUUCAAAUGUACACUUUUUUAAAUAAAACUAAUAUAUUAUCAAUUUA